UGCAUCUGUGUGUGUGUGUGUGUGUGGGUGUGUGUACAUGUGUGACACACAGAGCAGACACACACAUUGCCAGUUUCUCUUGUAGAAGCAUCUCUAUGGUUUUCACUCACGCAGUAUCUCUGGAUUUGGCUGGCAGAGGAGCUCUACUCUUCUUUAUAGACAGACACACAGGCUGAUGCUUAAUCUGCUUCAUCAAUGUGUAUGGUCAUAUUUGCUCCGCUUUUUGCUGUUUUAGCAUUUGCAACAUGUGGGGGAUAUUCUGGCCAGAUUAUGGUUAAAGUAGAAUGUUUCGAUAAAACUCAAAAUAACAUCAGCAUCAGUUUCAACUACCCAUUCAGACUGCAAGAGGUACACUUCAGUGCUCUUCUAUGUGAAGGAACCAGGAAAGAGACUGUCUUUCUGGAAGGGGAUUAUGCUUCAUCUGCACAGUUCUUCGUCACCGUGUCGGUCCUGGCUUUUCUCUAUUCCCUUUUGGCCACAAUCGUUUACUUCUUCUACCAGAACAAAUACAGAGAGAAGAACAGAGGUCCAGUAGUUGAUUUCUUGGUGACUUUAGUGUUCUCUAGCCUGUGGUUGGUGAGCUCUAUUGCCUGGGCUAAAACUCUGUCUGGGGUGAAGACGGUCACUGAUGUGCGUCAAAUCCUGCUGUUAAUGUCUGCUUGCAGAGCCCAGGAGAACUUAUGUGAAGUCUUGCAGGAGCCCAUCUGGACAAAUCUCAACAUGUCUGUGGCCUUUGGUUUUUUUAACUUCUUCCUUUGGGCUGGUAAUAUUUGGUUUGCCUACAAAGAGACAGGCUUGCAUAAGUCCACUAAGCGUCAUCUCUCCAGAACUCCCUCUGAGAAACGCGGCAGCUUCAGGCAAUACAGUCAAACCAGUUUUGAUCAAUCCGGAGCUGGUUUUGGCCAGAGGCUCUACAACCAGGGGAGUUUUGACUUAUCAAGCGGAGGAUUCAGCCUACCCCAAACCAAUCUAGGACAACCAAUGCUGUGCCGACAGGUGGGGAGUCCCACAUCCAGAGGCCCUCUCAUUUUUGUUAAUGAGAUGUGAGAGAGAGUGUGAGUGUGGAGCAGAGAAAGAGAAGAGAAACGCUGUUGUUUUCUGAGUCUUAAGACAGAUCAUUUGUCAUUGUGAGUUUGAUAUUUCUAUCACGUGAUGUAGUCUGCAUACUGUUAUUUAUUUGUUUACUGUAUAAUUAAGUGUAUAAUUUUUAUGUAUAUUCUGCUAUGAAUAAUGACUAAUUACCAGUAGAUGCCUAGGAAAAGCAAAUGGCUUGAGCCCUGCCUUAAGACUGGCGUGGAAACCCUGUGGACUGAGAAUAAUGUCCAGUCAGAGAUCUUUUUAAUGAAUCAUUUUGUCUAACCAUGCACAGUGUUCAGUAAAAUGCAUGCAAAAAGAUUAGAUAAAAUCCAACGCAAUGAAG